AUGGCAGGAGACUUAAUUUCAAACGACCCUCAGACGGACGCGAUUUGGAUCCUGUCAUCAGGUUUUAUAGUGUUCACCAUGCAGUCAGGGUUUGGGCUGCUGGAAAGUGGCUCGGUUAGCGUGAAAAACGAACUGAACAUCAUGAUCAAGAAUGUCGUCGAUGUCUUGUUCGGCGGUAUAUCGUUCUGGUUGGUCGGCUAUGGAUUUAGCUUCGGUAACGGGUCGCUUAGCAACCCUUUCAUCGGCUGGGGUGACUUUUGCGUCACUGCUGAGGAAGACAAGCUCGGUGUUACUUACUCCAAAUUUAUAUUUCAAGCUUCCUUCGCAACUACGGCUACCACAAUUGUAUCAGGUGCAAUGGCGGAGCGAACUAAACUGCCGUCCUACAUGCUGUUCUCCAUGUUAAACUCAGUAUUGUUCAGCGUGCCCGCCCAUUGGGUGUGGGCCUCUAAUGGGUGGCUUCACGCGCUGGGCUUGGUCGACAUUGCAGGGGCGGGGCCAGUGCAUAUUGUUGGCGGAUUCACGGGCCUUGUUGCCACCCUCAUUCUUAAGCCGCGUCACGGACGAUACGUGGGCGUAGUUAACCGGCCUCCCGUCAUGAGUUCUCCAACCAAUGCAGUCCUUGGGAUGUUUAUGUUAUGGUGGGGGUGGCUGGGGUUCAACAGUGGCAGUACCUUUGGAAUAUCAGGAGACAAAUGGAAUCUGGCAGCAAGGUCUGCAGCAACAACACUAUCAGCCUCGGUAGCGGGUGGGAUAUCCGGUCUUGCUUUGAGUUUCAUAGUGAAGGACAGAAAGUUCGACGUGACGUUCUUAAUUAAUGGUCUUCUUGGAUCGCUGGUAUCGGUGACAGCCGUGUGUGCUAUCGUGCAACCAUGGGAGGGAAUCAUAAUAGGUUUUGUGGGCUCGGUUAUUUCCAAUGGCGGCGUAGCUCUACUGGACAAACUCAAGGUCGACGACCCAGUGGGAUGUGUGGGCACGCAUGCGCUGUCUGGGACAUGGGGUCUGAUUGUGGCGGGACUGUUCGUCCGCAAAAACAACCUCAUGAACGCACUUUCACUACAUAAAGCGUCCACCGGCCUCUUUUACGGCGGAGGUUUCCACCAGCUCGGAAUUCAAUGCUUGGCGGUGGUGGCUAUAGCGGCAUGGACAGUGGUGGUGUCUUACAUUUUCCUUAAGGCUAUUGACGCUACCAUAGGACUUCGCAUUUCUUUGGAGGAAGAGAUAAUAGGCGCUGAUAUAGUUGAACACGGGAUUGGUGACUACGAAUACGACAGGAAAACAAAUAUGCUCAUCCUCUUGCCAAAAAUCAACGACUUAAAACAAAAUGGAAAUGCACCAAACGGUAAACUACGAGACGACCAAUGCUCGCCUGGUAUAAUUAAUUUGUCUGAAAUUGACCUAUCGAGAUUGGGAUCGGUUUUGGACCGCAAUCGAUCUCAACAAAGUCCUCGCCUUCAUCACCAUCUUCUUGGCAGCACGGCACGGAGGCGAACUGAGCACGAGAUUAACUCAGAACUUGCUCUUGGGAAAGAAAUCGAGGGCAAGGCAGACACGCAAAGGAGACACCAGAAAAACGGCCAUAGGUCAUUGGUCUCUAUGCUAAAUAAUAUCAAGACAACUGUGUUAAAGUGGGGCAAUGGUAAUACACGUAAAUCGGUAGGACUCGGAAAAGACACUGACAGAAACAUUAAAAUUAGCGACAACUCGUUCAGGCAAAUAGACUUGCUUCACUCAUCGAAUGGUUCCGUGUGUACAGAUGAUGUUAGUGUGGUGAAUGUUGGCAAUCAUAGAGAUAUGUCCGCAAGUAUGGAUACAAUCUGUGUAGACAUUGAUGACUUGGGAUGUUCAGAUUAUCAUGACACUAUAACCAUUGGUCGCCGAAAAGUCACUAGAAUUUAGAUCCGUAUUUCGAAGGCUGAUUGUUAAACUUAAAACUAUCGAAUCAAGUCAUGUAUUAAUAUAUGAUUUAAUAGUUUCUCACUUAACCGUGGCUGUUUAUAGGCAGACUUAGUUUUCGGGUUUGAACAUAGCCGUUACUGACAAGACUAACCUUGUUUGGGCAGAAUGUUUUACACAAAUCUGCAUGUAUUUCAUUUGUAUUAACAGUAUUUAGGCUAGGCUGUCUGAUUUAAAACAGUGUGACUUCGAUUGAGCGAUUGCCAGACCGGUUUUGAUGAAAUGAUUGAUCUAUCGUAUACUUUGCAACUUAUAACUUUUGAACGAUAUGAAUCAUUUGUAGUCGUGAAGGACCUGGGAUCAUAAUUUCCAUUACCAAUCGCUUCUACUAUUGCUUGCUAUAAAGAUGCCUUUCAAAGUGUACAUUUGUCAUAUAUUGUGAUUAAAGGUCUGUGUUAACAUAAAAUCAUUAUAUAUGCACGUGCCAACUGCAUACAUUGUUUUGGUUCUAAAUAAGCGUUUUGAUGAUUGUUCUGUGUGGGUUUUUUUUUCAUAUCUAUUUAACACAAACGCGAAUUGUUUAAAUUGUUAUUCUCGUGUACAAGUAAAACAUGUUGUCGAAUUACAUGUGUAUUAAAACGCAUGAUGAACGUGUAUUUAAUAAUCAUCAACACCUUUUGUGUCCGGCAUUUAUAAUUGAAUAACGUAACAAAAGAAGGCAAUAAGUAAAUGUUCAGAUGUAUUGCAAAAAUCAAAUACCCGGUAUAUGAGUCUUUCGAAAACUGAUUAUAACAUGUA